GGCCCAAAGUAUGAGUAUGUCAAUGGGCUGGCUGGCGCGGAAAGGUGGGUAGGUGUGCGCAGGCACCUCCCUUCAUCCAUUCUUCCAUUCUUCCUCCUCUAUAAGUACCUGAGUAUAUCCGCAUCUUUUUUCACAAUGUAAGCAAGCGCUGGUCACUCGCCCAUUGUUCACUUUCUUAGACCUCAGGUCUGCCUCCGCCCUUCCUAGAAGAAUCUACUAAAACAUACACUUUACCCCACAUCGCUACUUACAAAUUUGCUUUCCCAAACGCCCAUCAUGGUGUUCACCAUGCAUCGCCUGCUGGCGGUCAUGAGCUUGCUAUUGCUCAUGGUCACAGCAUUCCCAGCUACUUCCGCCGCUCCUUCCAAGCGAGCCACCUCAUACUGGCAGUCAGAUAUCAAGCGCCAAGGCACAGUCGCAUAUGGCGAUUCCACUUUCAAGAUCUUCCGCAAUGUCAAGGACUUCGGCGCCAAGGGUGACGGAACCACCGAUGACACCGCUGCUAUCAACGAGGCUAUCUCGACUGGCAACCGCUGUGGCCAAGGCUGUGACUCGUCGACUGUCACCCCAGCUCUCAUCUACUUCCCCCCCGGAACCUACAUGGUCAGCAAGCCAUUGAACCAGUACUACUACACGCAAAUGAUUGGAGACCUUUCCACGCCACCAACCUUGAAGGCCACCGCUGGCUUUGUUGGCAUGGCCGUCAUUGACGCAGACCCAUAUGCUGAUGGAGGCAUCAACUGGUUCACCAACCAGAACAACUUCUUUCGCCAGAUCCGCAACUUCGUCAUCGACUUGACUUUGAUGCCCCCCACUGCCGGUGCUGGUAUCCACUGGCAGGUUGCCCAGGCCACCAGUCUCCAGAACAUCGUUUUCAACAUGAGAACAGAUGGCGGUGAUGCCCUCGCCCAGGUCGGAAUCUUCAUGGACAACGGCUCCGGUGGCUUCAUGACCGACCUCACCUUCAACGGUGGCAAAUACGGUGCCUUCCUCGGAUCCCAGCAGUUCACCAGCCGCAACCUCAAGUUCAACAACUGCCAGACCGCCAUCUUCAUGAACUGGAACUGGGCAUGGACCUUCCACGGACUUGAGAUUAACAACUGCAAGAUUGGUAUUGAUAUGGCCAACGGUGGUGCUUCUUCCCAGACUGUUGGCUCCGUGUUGGUCAUGGACUCCAAGAUCAGCAACACCCCUGUCGGAAUUGCAACCGUCUACCAGAUUACUGAGGGCGCCACCAACGGCACCCUGAUCAUUGAGAACGUCGAUAUGUCUUCCAACGUCCCAGUUGCCGUUAAAAACGCUGGCACCCAGGCCACCCUCCUUGCCGGAAACGCAAAGAUCGAUUCCUGGGUCCAGGGCCGCGAGUACAAGGCCGUGAACGCCGGAAAGGAUGUCCAGGGUUCCACCUUCACCACCACCAAGCCCGCCAGCCUUCUCGGUGCUGACGGCAGAGUCUUCGCCAAGUCCAAGCCGCAAUACGCCGAUGUCCCAAGCUCUUCGUUCAUCUCCGUCAAGGAUAAGGGAGCCAAGGGUGAUGGUGUCACCGAUGACACUGCUGCCAUCCAAGCUGUUUUCGACUCCGCUACCGCGAAUUCUGUCGUCUACUUCGACCACGGCGCCUAUGUCAUCACCAAGACUGUCAACGUCCCAAAAAACAUCCGCAUCACUGGUGAAAUCUGGCCUCUCAUCAUGGCUGGUGGCGACUCGUUCUUCAAGGACCAAGCCAACCCCAAGCCAGUCUUCAAGGUUGGAAACGCUGGUGAAUCUGGCGCCGUUGAGAUCUCCGACCUCAUCUUCCAGACUCUCGGCCCCCAGCCAGGCGCGAUCCUGAUGGAGUGGAACCUCGGACAGACUUCCCAGGGCUCAUCCGGUCUUUGGGACGUGCACUUCCGCAUCGGUGGCUCCGCCGGCACCAAGCUCCAGUCUAACACCUGCUCCAAGACCCCCCAGCAGACCACCCCCGUCAAGGAUGAGUGCGUCGCCGCAUUCCUCCUCCUCCACGUCACCGCCAAGGGCGCCGUGUACGUCGAGAACUGCUGGUUCUGGGUUGCCGAUCAUGAGCUCGACCUCGCAAACCACAACCAGAUCAACCUCCACAACGGCCGCGGCGUUCUCAUCGAGUCGAACCCCGGCCCAGUCUGGCUAUGGGGCACAAGCAGCGAGCACAACGUCCUGUACAACUACCAGGUCAACGCCGCCGCCAACGUCUUUAUGGGCCUGAUCCAGACCGAGACGCCCUACUACCAAUCCAACCCCGACGCCUCCGUCCCCUUCACCGCCAACCCCACCUUCAGCGACCCCGACCUGACCCAGGGCUCCUCGCUGACCAAGAAGGCAUGGGGCGUGCGCGUCCGCGGCUCAAAGGACGUCUACAUCUACGGCGCAGGCCUGUACUCGUUCUUCGACAACUACAACCAGGACUGCCUCGCCACCGCCAGCUGCCAGGACAACAUGGUCUCCAUCGAGUCCUCGAGCAACGUGCAGCUGCUCGCCCUCAGCACAAAGGCCGCUGUCAACAUGGUCACCGUCGAGGGCCAGUCUGCCGCGCUCGACAAGGACAACCGCAAUAACUUCUGCGCUGCCAUCGCCGUCUUCGCUCUGGCCUAAACACUGCUGUAGACACCACGCUCUCAGUUUCUACCGCCUCCACCAGCACCGCUACGGCGCCGCUGCCGUCUGUCCCGGGUGUCGUUCCCGGGUUUACGCCUGGUGUUGUCCCGGGGUUCACGCCGGGUGUUAGUCCUUGAUUUGGAUACCGUGUGUGUGUGUGUGUUGGGACUUUAUUCUUUUUGAUGCGGCUUACUACUGAGCGCGAAGGCGAGGCUUGAGUUGAUACCCCCCCUCCUACUACUACGACUUUUUUCUUUUUGUUUACUUACUCUUCUUUGUACCUUCUUCUUUUUUGCACAUAGCUUUAGAUUGGUGAUUGUUGGUUGCGGUGGACCGUGCGGGAUCAUGGGAAUGCCGGGGAGACACUUUUUGGAUGGUGGUGUGAUUGUAGCAGUGGGGAUCGCUGGGAGGAUCUAGGUGUAGAUUCGAAAAAGUAUAUAUAUGGGGCCUCCUGGCGGGGAGGAGCGCGGAGGUCGGCAAAUGCAAUAUCUGUUGACUUUAUGGAUUUUUGAAAAUGAGUUUUUGAGGCGAUGUUGGUGAAUACGUGACGUUCUUCUAUGCUUAUGGGGGGUGCUACUGUAGAGCGUGGCAAGUCAGAGCAGUGGCUUAGUAAUCAAAUGCCUUUCUGUUUCUAGAGCCGUAUCAUUAAAUUAAUUAGGCCGAUGGGAUUGGUGAGUUAUAAAUCAAAAGGCCUUCGCUUACUUCCCUGUCUCCUUGUAAUCGUCGUG